AUGACUUUUAAUCUAUUUAGUAUAGAUUUUUCUCAGAGUUUUGUUUGUUUUUCUCCCUCACCUUGUGACGUCGUUUCGGUUCGUUUGUUGUUUGUUCGUUUCGUUACUCAGUUGAAGCGUGAGUUCGACCGUUUUGGUGCCAUCAAAAAGAUCGAAUAUAACAAAGGGGACACCCAGGCCUACAUUCUGUACGAUUCUAUUGAUGCUGCUACGGCUGCUGUGAAGGAAAUGCGUGGAUUCCCGUUAGGGGCACCGGAUCGUCGUAUUCGUAUCGAUUUUGCUGACAACGGAACAACACCAUCGUUCUCAAAGCGCAGUGGAUGUUUUGAGGAAGGCGGUGAGUAUCGUCGCGCCCCCGACUACGAAUAUCCGGAAGGUGGUGCAUCAUACGAGGAAAAUUCAUUGUACGGCUAUGGUGGAAGACCGUUCCGCGGCAGAGGAGGAUUCCGCGGGCGUGGUGGUUUCCGUGGCAGUUUUCAUAGUGAUGGCCCACCGCACCACGGGGACAAUGAUGAAUGGCGUCGAUCAGGAGCCGAUGGCGAAUAUGAUUCACGCCGUCGUUCUGGAUCUCGUGAACCAGGAAUCGAUAGAUCUCGCUCCCGUUCACCGAGGCAACGCAGUCCGGCUGAUUCGGAUUCUGAUUCGUCUUCUCAUAGGAAUGGCAUGUUAUCGAAUGCAAGAACGUUACCAGAAGUCGCACGGAAAUCUACCACAUUCUGGCAAGGGGCGCUGAUUUUGAAGAGUUCACUAUUCCCCACCAAGUUGCACCUAACGGACGGAAACAACAAAAUAGUGGACAGCCUGAUGAAGGACGAGGAAGGUAAACACCACCUUCGUAUUACUCAGCGACUACGCCUCGAUCAACCCAAGUUGGAAGAUGUGCAGUAG